AUGGCGUGCACCCCCCUGCUGAGCGAGGAGGACCUGUACCGGUUCCGCACGAAGCAGUGCCUGCGGCUGGCCAAGGGGGGCUGCGAGUUCGGGCUGGACCGAUGCCAGUACAGCCACAACGCAGAGUGGAUCAGGAGGUGCCCCUACUACAUCUCCCUGCCCUCCUACCUGAGGUACAUCCCUGUGUCGUGUCCCUUUUUCACGAAAAAGGAAAAACAGACUGACGAGCAGGAUGAAGAACAUCGAAGCACCAUCUUCAGAAACUCCCUCUUCCUCACCAACAAAGAUGGCAGUGUAAAUAAUAAUUUUUACAAAUAUAUGGGGGAGAAAAAUCAGAGCAAGUGUCCCCUAGGGGUUGAGUGCCCACUGGCUCACAGCAAAGAGGAGAUCGAUUACCACCCUCUGCUUUAUAAAACGAAACGGUGCGAAGAUUAUAAGCAAGCCAACUGUAGUAGGUACUACUGCCCUAAUUUACACGGCCUAGCGGAACAGAGAAAAAUAAAGGAGUACUUCAUCCCCUUUUCUAGCAAAAUAGAAAUCCCCCCUUACCCUAACGUUACCGUGGUGAGUAAAAUUCAGUACGGCUCUUUUAAGGGGCAGAACCAGGGCAGGACUACCGCCAAGAAGACCACCCCAACACAGCAGGGGUGUAACUCCUCUUCGCUGUACUUUAACUACCCACAUGGGAAGAAUAACCAUUCGCAUAGGGGCGCAAACAGAAUGACAAAUGUGAAGGUUAAUAGAAGUGUCGACGUGAAGUGCAACUCGAUCAGCAUCCCCUGCCAGGAGAAGAAGCUCUCCUUGCAAGACCCCCCCAACCAUGGCAAAAGACACAGCACGUAUUGCUAUGACCACCAUUUUAUUACCUACGAGAAUAGCCUAACAAAAAAAAAAAAAAAAAAUUCCAUUUUUUCCUACCUGAAUAAUUAUGAUGAUAAGUACACCCUCUACCUGCACAUUUUGAAGAAGUUCGUGCACCUCUUCGAUUUGGACACUUCGGGAAUGGACUCGGGGGGGCGUCUCGCCAGCAACGGGGGUGCCCACCUUGGCAGCCACCUCGCUAGCCACUUGGCGGACAGCCAGCUGCACCUGCCGCCAGACACCCACUACAGCUGCAACAACGCCUCGCUGCCACCCACCGCGGAUAACAUCUUCCUCAACCAGAAAUACUGCCACAUCCUAAAUCACAUACUUCAUAAAAAUUUAGAACUUACAAAAAAUAAAAUGACGGAGAAGAACCACUCGGUUGUGAGCAGCUACACCGAGGGAGACAUCCCGCAGAAGGGCACCCCCAACGAUAGCACCAACGCCCAUGGGUGGGUCACUCAAAAUUUGAGCAGCCAGGGCAUGGCCCCCGAGGAAGGGGAUAACCAAAGCUACGAGAGCUUCUUAAAUUUGCUCGUCCAUGUCCUGUGCUUGCUCUACUUCACCACCGACUCCAGGGCGCACUCAUCCUUCGACCUGUACACGCACGAGCUGGCCAAGCGGGUAACCAGUCGCGCGCCUUAG